AUGUAUGAGCAGCAGCAACAUUUCGUGGAUUUACAAAGCGAUUCUGGAUUUGGGGAUGAUAGCUCGUGGCUCGCCGGCGAUGACGAUCUACGACUGUCUCCUCACCAAUCUUCCACCGCUGCGAAUUCCGGUAACGAGAAUCUAGAUCGUCGUCUAUUAAAAGAUCUCGUUGAGAUGGUUCCUCUCAUUGAGCAUUACAUGGAACACAAAGAAAGGAGUUCGUUUAAGCAGCGUGGUUCCAUGAUCUACACUAAGAUGCCUUCCAGAGAAUCAUUAUCCAGAAGGGGAAGAAAUGCUUCUCAAACAGUCUCAGGAAGAAAGAAGAGAGACGGAGAGGGAAAUGACGAUGUUAUGAACAAUACUAGGGAAGAUGGUGAAAACGCCAAGGCUUUGGCUGGUGCAGAAAAGGAAGAACUGACUAGACUUAGAGAGCAAGUGAAUGACUUGCAGACAAAAUUAUCCGAGAAAGAAGAGCUUUUGAAGUCAAUGGAGAUGUCAAAGAAACAGCUAAACGAGAUACAUGAAAAGCUUCAAGAAACAAAAGUCGUGGUUGCUGAAAAGGAGAUGUUGAUAAAGUCUAUGCAGUUACAAUUAUCCGACACAAAGAUUAAACUUGCCGACAAGCAAGCUGCUCUUGAGAAGACUCAAUGGGAAGCAAAGACGACAGGAACGAGAGCAAAUAAGCUUCAAGAACAGCUAGAAGCUGUUGAAGGAGAAAUCUCUUCGUUCACACGGGUAUUUGAAACAUUGGCGAAAACCGAAACCAAGAAACUCGACGUAGAUUAUGAUGCAACCCCAUAUGAAUUUGAUCAUCUUCCAUAUAUUGACGAUGUAGAAGAAACUGACCUGAGGAAAAUGGAAGAAGCAAGACUAGCAUAUGUCGAAGCUGUGAAUACCGCAAAGGAACGUGAAGAUGAAGAAUCUAUAGCCAUGGCUGCUAAGGCUAGAGCUUACUUGCAAUCACUAGCCUUUAAAUACUAG